CACUGUCUCCAAGAUGGCGGCCGUGUCAGUUUGGGGCAUCUCCGCGGUCCAGCCCCGGGUCCCGGGAUCCCGGCUCUCUUCUCCCCCGGAUUCUUUCUACUAAUCCAGAUACUGUUGAAGUGCUGAAUAGUUUCUUGGGGAAGAUGUCAAGGAAGCGGUGCAAUUCAUAGACUGGUGAGCGCAGAUUCUGGAGUACAGGAUAGCCAGCACCUCUCUGGCAUAAGAUGCACAUUUUCUAUUCUGACACUGGGGAUGAGAUCUGUGGACUUCUUACGACUUUGUGAAGAGACCCAUAUGUGGUGCUAUUGAAAACUUUAUGGGGAAGUUUGAAGGCUUCAAAUAACCAGUUGUUUUGGUUUCUAAAUUAAAAGUGGGGAUGCAUUCUAUUUUGUGAAACGAGGAAGGACUCAGGCCAGAAAACUUGUAUGCUAUGGUUAACUGGUUUCCAUCCUCCGAGAAUCUUGUUUUCCAUGGUGUAAAACUUACUCAACAUCAGGAUAAGGGAUAACGACUCUAUGGAUAUACAGAAUCCUUCACCAUGGUAAAACUCGCUAACCCGCUGUAUACUGAGUGGAUUUUGGAGGCCAUCAAAAAAGUGAAGAAGCAGAAACAGCGUCCUUCAGAAGAAAGGAUAUGCAAUGCAGUGUCUUCAUCUCAUGGCUUGGAUCGUAAAACUGUUUUGGAACAAUUGGAGUUGAGUGUUAAAGAUGGAACAAUUUUAAAAGUCUCAAACAAAGGUCUCAAUUCCUAUAAAGAUCCUGAUAAUCCUGGGCGAAUAGCACUUCCUAAACCUCGAAACCAUGGAAAAUUGGAUAAUAAGCAAAAUGUAGAUUGGAAUAAACUGAUCAAAAGGGCAUUUGAGGGCUUGGCAGAGCCUGGUGGGUCAACUUUGAAAAGUAUUGAACGCUUUUUGAAAGGUCAGAAGGAUGUAUCGGCAUUAUUUGGAGGCAGCGCUGCCUCUGGCUUUCACCAGCAGUUACGAUUGGCUAUCAAACGUGCCAUCAGUCAUGGCAGACUCCUUAAAGAGGGACCUCUCUAUCGGCUCAACACUAAAGCAGCCAAUGCUGAGGGGAAGGAGAGUUCUGAGUCUCUUUCCUGUUUACCUCCAGUUUCACUGCUUCCACAUGAAAAGGACAAGCCGGUUGCUGAACCAAUCCCCAUCUGUAGUUUUUGUCUUGGUACAAAAGAACAAAACCGGGAAAAGAAGCCGGAGGAACUCAUCUCUUGUGCAGACUGUGGCAAUAGUGGUCAUCCAUCCUGUUUAAAAUUUUCCCCUGAACUAACAAUUAGAGUGAAGGCCUUACGGUGGCAGUGUAUUGAGUGUAAAACUUGCAGCUCCUGUCGAGAUCAAGGCAAAAAUGCAGAUAACAUGCUUUUUUGUGACUCAUGUGACCGAGGUUUUCACAUGGAAUGUUGUGAUCCGCCACUCAUUCGGAUGCCAAAAGGCAUGUGGAUAUGUCAAAUAUGUCGACCUAGAAAAAAAGGACGAAAACUGCUACAAAAGAAGGCAGCACAGAUAAAACGGCGCUAUGCUAAUCCAAUAGGACGUCCAAAAAACAGGUUAAAGAAACAAAACACGGUAUCAAAAAGUCCCUUCAGCAAAGUUCAAACUGGCCCUGGAAGGGGUAGGAAACGUAAAAUCACUCUCUCCAGCCAAUCAGCAUCAUCAUCAGAAGAAGGAUAUUUAGAGCGAAUAGAUGGCUUGGAUUUCUGCAGAGAUAGUAAUGUCCCCUUGAAGUUCAACAAGAAAACCAAAGGGCUCAUUGAUGGCCUUACCAAAUUCUUCACCCCUUCCCCUGAUGGGCGGAAAGCUCGAGGGGAAGUGGUAGACUACUCUGAGCAAUAUAGAAUCAGGAAAAAGGGCAACAGAAAAUCAAGCACUUCAGAUUGGCCCACAGACAAUCAAGAUGGCUGGGAUGGCAAACAAGAAAGUGAGGAGCGGCUUUUUGGGAGCCAGGAAAUCAUGACUGAGAAAGAUAUGGAAUUAUUUCGUGAUAUCCAAGAACAAGCACUGCAGAAAGUUGGAGUGACUGGUCCCCCUGAUCCACAAGUUCGUUGUCCUUCUAUCAUUGAGUUUGGAAAGUAUGAAAUUCACACCUGGUACUCCUCUCCAUAUCCUCAAGAAUAUUCAAGGCUGCCUAAAUUGUAUCUUUGUGAGUUUUGUCUAAAAUAUAUGAAAAGUAGAACUAUUCUACAGCAACACAUGAAGAAAUGUGGUUGGUUCCAUCCUCCUGCCAAUGAGAUUUACCGAAAGAAUAAUAUUUCUGUCUUUGAGGUUGAUGGGAACGUGAGUACCAUUUAUUGUCAAAACCUGUGUCUCUUGGCAAAGUUGUUUCUUGACCACAAAACACUCUAUUAUGACGUGGAACCAUUUCUUUUUUAUGUACUAACACAGAAUGAUGUCAAGGGCUGCCACCUUGUUGGCUACUUUUCUAAAGAAAAGCACUGCCAGCAGAAAUACAACGUUUCCUGUAUAAUGAUUCUUCCCCAGUACCAGCGCAAGGGCUAUGGCAGGUUCCUCAUUGAUUUCAGUUAUUUGUUAUCAAAGCGUGAAGGCCAGGCAGGGUCUCCAGAGAAACCAUUAUCAGAUCUUGGACGUCUUUCCUAUAUGGCUUAUUGGAAAAGUGUAAUAUUGGAGUGCCUUUAUCACCAAAAUGACAAACAACUCAGCAUCAAGAAGUUAAGUAAGUUGACUGGAAUCUGCCCUCAAGACAUCACUUCCACACUGCACCACCUACGAAUGCUGGACUUCCGUAGUGACCAAUUUGUGAUUAUCCGCCGGGAAAAACUUAUCCAGGAUCAUAUGGCAAAGCUUCAGUUGAAUCUGAGACCAGUGGAUGUAGAUCCAGAAUGUUUACGCUGGACUCCUGUCAUAGUCUCCAACUCUGUUGUCUCAGAGGACGAAGAAGAGGAAGCUGAUGAAGAAGAAAACGAAGAGCCGCAGUGCCAGGAAAGAGAUUUAGAGACCAAUGUGGGAAAGUCAGUAUCUCGGGAAAACAAAGAUCAAGAUUCUUAUUCUUCAGUAGAAAGUGAAAAGAAACCGGAAGUUACAGCUCCCGCUGUCUCUACACGUUUGAGCAAACAGGUCCUUCCCCGAAACAGUCUUCCUGCAAACAGCCAGCCCUCUCGGCGGGGCCGCUGCGGGAGGAAGAACAGAAAGACCCAGGAACGGUUUGGUGAUAAAGAGUCUAAACUGCUCUUGGAAGAGACUUCAUCAGCUCCUCAGGAACAAUAUGGAGAAUGUGAGGAAAAGUCAGAAACCUCCCAAGAACAAUAUGCCGAGAGUGAGGAGCAAUUGACAGCCUCUCAGGAGCAGCCAAGGCAGGAAGGGAAGCCAGACAUUCCCAAAAGAAGAUUAAGUGAGGGGAUUGAGCUGUGGCGGGGACAGUUAAAGAAAAGCCCCGAGGACCUGAAGUGCAGAUUACCAGAAGGAAAUGAUAGACUGCAGCGCUGCUACAGUGAUGGUGACAGGGCUGUCCUUAGAGGCUUUAGUGAGAGUAGUGAGGAGGAAGAGGAGGAGGAGGAGGAGGAGGAGGAGGAGGAGGAGGAACCAGAAAGUUCUCGGUCAAACUCACCACCAAUUCUUACAAAACCCACUUUAAAGAGAAAGAAACCAGUUCUUCACCGAAGAAGGAGAGUCCGAAAACGGAAACACCAUAAUAGCAGUGUAGUCACAGAAACUAUUUCUGAGACCACAGAGGUGUUAGAUGAACCUUUUGAAGAUUCUGAUUCUGAGAGACCAAUGCCGCGAUUAGAACCCACAUUUGAGAUUGAGGAAGAGGAGGAGGAGGAGGAGGAGGAGGAGGAGGAAGAGGAGGAGGAGAAUGAGCUCUUCCACAGAGGAUACUUCCACCGCCUGUCCUCACAAAGUGUUCUCAGGUGCCGAUCUGCUUCAAAGAGGAAGUCAAAAGAGGAAGAGGAAGAUGAAGAAUCAGAUGAUCCUGAUGACACUCCUAUCCUAAAGCCAGUAUCUCUCUUACGAAAAUGUGAUGUGCACAAUUCUUCCCUUGAGCCAGAUACAUCGACACCUAUGAAAAAGAAAAAGGGAUGGCCCAAAGGCAAGAGCCGUAAACCAAUCCACUGGAAGAAAAGACCUGGUCGAAAACCGGGACUUAAGUUGAAUCGGGAAAUCAUGGCCAUUUCUACUCAAGAAUGCAUCAUUGAGCCGAUUGUCCCCAUUCCUAAACCUGGACGUAAAACCAAAACUCAAGAGAAUGAAAAAACUGUGGAGCUAAAAGAAGACAUCCCCUUAUUGGAAGAAAGAAAGGAAGAGGAGAUGCAAGUAGAAGCAGAAGAGGUUGAAGAAGGAGAGGAAGAGGACACAACCAUCAGUGAAGUUAGACCUGCUUCUCCAGUGGACAGCAGCGACAGUCCUGAGACAGAAGCAAAAGUACCUGAGGUGGAGGAGGAAGAAGAGAAACCUCAUAUGUUAGAAGAGCAAAGGCAGUCAGAGGAGGAGCCACAAGAACUAGAAGAACAAGAGCCAGAGGAAGAAGAUGAAGUGACUAUAGAGGCAAACCGGAAUGAAGACCAUGAUGCAGAUGAUGAGGAUGAUGGUCAUCUGGAAUCUUCAAAGAAAAAGGAGUCAGAGGAGCAGCUGGUUAGAGGGGAUCUCAAGGAAGAACCUGGCAGUCAGGAAUCUUUUUUAGAUACUAACAUGCAGAAUAAUAGGGAGAAUAUAAAGGAUAAAGAUGAAACAGAACCAGAUUCUGAAGAGGAACAGCCUUCUCAUGAGGCAUCUGUGGUAUCAGAGCAUAUGCCAGGGUCUGAGGAUGACCAUGAAGAAGAUUCAAAUACUAAGGAAGAAUUAAUUGAGUUGAAAGAGGAAGAAGAGAUAUCUCAUAGUGAAUUGGACCUUGAAACUGUACAAGCAGUACAGUCUUUGACUCAAGAAGAAAGCAAUGAACAUGAGGGAGCCUACCAGGACUGUGAAGAAACUCUUGCAGCUUGUCAGACCCUGCAGAGUUACACCCAGGCCGAUGAAGACCCUCAGAUGUCAAUGGUUGACGACUGCCAUGCUUCCGAACAUAAUAGCCCAAUAUCCUCAGUUCAGUCUCAUCCCAGCCAGUCUGUCCGUUCGGUCAGCAGCCCCAAUGUGCCUGCCUUGGAGAGUGGUUACACGCAGAUCAGCCCAGAACAGGGCUCCCUGUCCGCACCCUCUAUGCAGAACAUGGAGACCAGCCCCAUGAUGGAUGUGCCUUCUGUAUCAGACCACUCUCAGCAGGUGGUAGACAGUGGCUUCAGUGAUCUAGGCAGUAUUGAGAGUACCACAGAGAACUAUGAGAAUCCUAGCAGCUAUGAUUCUACAAUGGGAGGCAGCAUUUGUGGGAAUAACUCCUCUCAAAGCAGCUGCUCCUAUGGUGGGUUGUCAUCCUCCAGCAGCCUCACCCAGAACAGCUGUGUUGUCACUCAGCAAAUGGCAAAUAUGGGCAGCAGCUGCAGUAUGAUGCAGCAGAACACUGUCCAGCCUGCUACCAACUGCAAUAUCAAGUCACCUCAAAGUUGUGUGGUGGAAAGGCCUCCUAGUAACCAGCAGCCACCACCACCGCCACCACCACAGCAGCAACAGCAGCAGCAGCAACAACAGCAGCAGCAGCAGCAACCAGCACCACAGCCUCCACCACCCCAGCCACAACCACAACCACAACCACAGCCACAACAGCAGCCGCAGCAGCAACCUCAGCCCCAGCAGCCCCAGCAACCUCAGCCCCCACCCCCUCCCCAGCAGCAGCCCCCACUGUCACAGUGUAGUAUGAAUAACAGUUUCACUCCAGCUCCUAUGAUCAUGGAGAUACCAGAAUCUGGAAGCACUGGAAACAUCAGUAUCUAUGAAAGAAUUCCAGGAGAUUUUGGUGCCAGCAGCUACUCUCAACCAUCAGCCACCUUCAGUUUAGCCAAGUUGCAGCAGCUGACUAACACCAUUAUGGACCCCCAUGCCAUGCCUUAUAGCCAUUCUUCUGCUGUAACUUCCUAUGCAACCAGUGUUUCUUUGUCCAAUACAGGACUGGCUCAGCUAGCUCCGUCUCAUCCAUUAGCUGGGACCCCUCAAGCACAAGCCACCAUGACACCACCUCCCAACUUGGCAUCCACAACCAUGAACCUCACAUCACCUCUACUCCAGUGCAACAUGUCUGCCACCAACAUUGGCAUUCCUCACACUCAGAGGUUGCAAGGGCAAAUGCCAGUCAAGGGGCACAUUUCCAUCCGCUCUAAAUCUGCACCACUGCCCUCAGCAGCAGCUCACCAGCAGCAGCUGUAUGGCCGCAGCCCACCCACAGUUGCCAUGCAGGCUGGCCCUCGUGCACUGGCUGUUCAGCGUGGCAUGAACAUGGGGGUUAAUUUAAUGCCAACUCCUGCCUAUAAUGUCAACUCCAUGAAUAUGAACACCUUGAAUGCCAUGAACAGCUAUCGAAUGACACAGCCCAUGAUGAACAGCAGUUACCAUAGUAACUCUCCCUACAUGAACCAGACAGCACAGUAUCCUAUGCAGAUGCAGAUGGGGAUGAUGGGGAGCCAGGCCUAUACCCAGCAGCCUAUGCAGCCAAACCCUCAUGGAAACAUGAUGUACACUGGCCCCUCCCAUCACAGCUACAUGAAUGCUGCUGGUGUGCCCAAGCAGUCACUCAAUGGACCUUACAUGAGAAGAUGAGCAAGAAAAACUUAGAGUUAAAAACUUAAAUAUAUAUAAACAAAGGAACCUUUUAUACUGACAAACCAGAGAAAAAUGGACCUUUUUCCAGUUAAAAUAUUGCUGUAGACUUAGAGGAAUUUUUCUUUGGUUUAUUUUAUUUUUUAGAAAACCUGAUCUUCUCUUUUUUGGGGUUCAUUUUGUUCCGGGUUUUGGUUUUCUUCACAGUCUUGAACAUUUUACAGUAGAACUCAUCAACAAUGUAUUUGGGGACGGGGAAACAUGCACAAAAUCUUUUCAUAAUUAAAAAGAGCCUUACUUUCUUUACAUACCACAUGGACAGAAUUUGUGUAAAAGUGGAUUAUCUUUAUUUUAUUUUAAAAAUGUAUGUUUCCCCUCAGUCUUUGCAGCUCCCAAUGUUGUCAUUUUUAAGUGUUAUAUGCAUCUCCAGGGUUAACCAUACCCUUUUCUCCAAACCCCACUUUUCAUUUCCUACUUCAUUCCAGCAGGAGGCACUUAUGGGAGACUCAGAUGGGGGUGUGGAGAACAACCCAAGCUCCUUAAACUUAUUGUUAAUAUUAUUGUUGUUUUUAUUAUUAUUAUUAUUAAUAAAGUGAGGCAGGAAAAUGCUUCCUCUCUUGGAAAUCCCCUCCACUCCUUAUACAUGUACACACCUCUUGAAACCUUUCCCCAAGAAUGUUUCUUUUAUAUAAAUGGACUUCACUGAAAUGUUUUUCUUGAAUCAAGUGUAAUAUAAUUUUUUCCUUCUUUUGUAAUAUUCCCACUCAGCACUCAGAGACACAAAAUACUGUAAGUCUCACUUAACAGCAGAAUCUCAGAGGAAAGCUGACUGCAAUCCUAAUCCAACCUUUGGAAGGAUAGAGAUGGUUAAUUAACAGUCAAAAAGAGGAGAUAAACCUCUUGUUUUUUACCACCUGGUGAAUCAGCCAUAACAUAUCUAUACCCCACCCAGCCUCUUGAUUUUAGUAUGUACUUUGAAAUGUUAAUUAAGGGUCUUGAUUCUUGAGCCUUCGAAGAACAGUCCCCAGCGAUUUGCCUCUUACAUUCUUUCAUUCAGUGUUGGUGGAUGACUGGAUGUCGCAGUGAUUUGAAAAAUACCUGACAAACCUUUGACACUUGAUUUUAUGUUGGAGAAAUAGCGCAGAAUGUGUGUCCAAAGGGACAUUAUUUGUAGCUACUUAAGUGAUACAUACCUCUAGUUUGCAUUUGUCUUUUGAGAUCCUGAGUUCAUCCCCUGUGAAUCAGAGUGCAGCAGCCCCUCUCCUGUGAGCGGCUGACAAGAAGAGGGGCAGACCCACCACCAGCAUCGUAGGGCACACCUGGGCAGCAGGACUUCAGCAGGUUCACAUGUUGUUCCAGUCCAUUCUCUUUUCUCUUGUGCAACCAGUUUACCCAUUCUCUUCCUAUUACUUGCUCCAGGGAUAGGUAAAAAAAAAAAACUAUAUAUAUAUAUAUAUAUUCCAUCGUUAGAAGAUGGAAACUAUUAUACCACUUGGUAUGUGCAGUCAAAUAUCCAAAGGGAGAAGUACUGCUUAAAGAAAUACCUGUAAGCAUAAUUCUCUCCUUUAUUUGUACAUUUUAUAUAGAUAAAUUUUUAAAGUACUAAUUAGGCAUUAAAUUUUUUUCAGAUGCACAAGUUUGUUGCUUUUUUUAAUAAACUAAUUGACUUUCUCAAUUAAGUGUGUUAGAAAAAGGCAGAAUUCCACACCUUACUGCUAUCAACUCAGCAUGUGCAAGGCUGUGUAGGACCCAGUUUCUCUGUAUAUACUAUUCCAGUUCCCAGUCAUCUAUGUAGAAAGUGCACUGUGCUGCCCUCUCCCUACAUCUUCAGCUAUAUCAUUGCUUCCUGGAUGGGAUAGGGUGGGGAUGGGGGGACGGGAGGGAAGUAUAUUGGGAGGAGGGUGGGUCAAGGCAGAAGGAGAAGCUGUUGAAAUGAGGGCCAUGAAAUCAGUUUCUGUUGGUUUGCGGUUGUGUUUGAUUUUGUUUCCUUAAAAAAAAAAAAUCAAUUGGGCAGCUCCCUUUUCCACAAGCCUCUUUGUGACUGUAGAACUAUUGUAGAAAAAAAAAUGUUCUUUUCUAUAUUAUAAAAGAAAUUAUCCAACACAGUAAUAUUGGUACCUGUCAUUUUUUCACUUCAGUUUUAAAAAAAAAAUGUAUUUUUAGCAAGAUAACUUGGGUAAUCUUCUAAAAAAGAAAUUUAAAAACUCACUGUUAGUGACUUUGAUGCCUUUUAAAAUAAGAGCUUUUUCAUUUCAUUCCAUCUUUAAAAUUUUUUAUCUUUGUUGUAGAAUAUUAAAAACUAUUUUAAGAAAGAUAAAAAUUCUCUUUAAAGAGAUCUCUAGAGUGUGUGAAUAGAGCUCCAGAUGCCUCUAAAAGCCGCAUGUACAAAUGAAGCUAAGUCUAUUCCUGUCUGUUUAUAUUUGCUUUUCCUGUUUUGUAACCUUUGUACUUUGUUCAUGGUGACCUGUAAGCUUGGGGAAGGGUGCCGAGAUGCCUUUGGACUUCUCCAUGUCAUGCGCUCCCGGGCCAGUUGGCCCCCUUCCUCUCCUUGUAUGUAAUAUCUUUUUUUCCCCUUUCUAGCAAGUACUUUCAAAAGAACUCUGUACAUUUUAACAUAAAAAAUAAAUUAUGUUGAGCCAUUUUGGA